AUCUAUUGGUUCUCUGCGCGAAUCAGCUGUUUUGUCGUGUUCCGUUCUCAUUUGAAAUGUUGAUGCUAAUAUUCCUGCUAUUCCCGCUGAUUCUUUUUGUUAUGCGUAAAUUCUACCUGAACAAAUUCAAAUCCGGCAAUAAUGUUUGCGUGCUGGUACUUGGUGAUAUUGGCAGAAGUCCGCGAAUGCAAUAUCAUGCAAUUUCCUUCGCCCGAGAAGGUUUCACCGUGGAUGUUGUAGGUUAUCCCGGCUCACCGCCGAUGAAGGAGAUCAGUGAAAAUGCGCGCAUACAGGUCCACUAUCUGCGACCGCCUCCUGAGUUACGAAAUAAAUUGCCACGUCUUUUUUGUUACAUAAUAAAAGUUAUAUGGCAAAUGACUGAUCUUUUAUGGUUGUUUCUUCGUAAACGCCUAUCAGAUUCAGUAAUAACACAGAAUCCACCUGCAAUACCAACCAUUCCAAUAUGCUGGUUUUAUUGUAUUCUAACAGAGGCACAAUUUACAAUUGAUUGGCAUAAUUAUGCCCAUUCAAUUAUGGCAUUGAGCUUGGGAGAAAACCAUAUCUUAGUUAGAUUAUCAAAAAAUAUCGAGACAAUGUUUGGUUGCAGAGCAAAGAAUAAUUUCUGUGUCAGCAAAGCAAUGAAAGAAGAUUUGGAAAAGAAAUGGACUAUCCAAGCAAAGAUUUUAUAUGAUAGACCAACAGAUAAAUUCCGUCCAAUAACUUUAACAGAGAAGAAUGAGUUUUUGCAAGAAUUAGCUGAAACAUAUGGUAUAUAUAUACCACCCAUAAGAUCUGGCUUUAUUGUAUCUAGUACUAGUUGGACUGAAGAUGAAGAUUUCUCAAUUUUGCUAAACGCAUUACAAGAAUAUGAGAACGUAUGUGAAAAUGGCGAAUUAAACUUGCCAGAUUUAAUUUGCGUAAUAACAGGUAAAGGACCGUUAAAGGAUUUUUAUAUGGCAAUCAUUGAUUUAAAAAAAUGGAAGCAUGUUGAAAUAAAGACACCAUGGCUCAAGAAUGAGGAAUACCCCAAAAUAUUAGCUAGUGCAGACUUAGGUGUGUGUCUUCACACCUCAUCCAGUGGACUGGAUUUACCAAUGAAAGUCGUAGAUAUGUUUGGCUGCCGUUUACCAGUUUGCGCAUACAAUUUUAAUUGCUUAUCGGAGUUAGUAAAGCAUAAUGAGAAUAGUUUGGUAUUCGCGGACGAAAAGGAGCUGGCUGAACAAUUGAAGAUGUGGUUUCAAGAUUUCCCCAAUAACAAGGCCCAACAACAAUUACGUGAAAAGUUUCAAGAAAACAUGUUUACAUCUCAGCAGAAUUGGCAUGGUAACUGGAGGCUCAACGUGUUGCCUCAUUUUCAAAAGUGAUUUGAUUAUAUUGUUCCAUUGUAUUUCCAUAAAUUGGGAGUGACAUUUAUUAUAUUAAUAUGUAAGAAUAUUUUAUUAUGUUUUAUAAUGUAUAAUAAAGUAUAAGAUUUUAAUUUGUAAAAAUAUGGACCAUUAAUGUUACAAAGUUAUAGUUGAUGAUUUUCUUGACGUCAUACUCAUUAUUGUAUGUUUGAUAUCUUUAAGUUUCUCAGAGAAAUAAGAAGAUCCAAUCUUGAUUGCAACGACACUUAUACCGGUAGAUAUAAGACAUGCUUGACCAAGUUGCUCCUUCUUACAUAUAUAAAUGUAAGGUAUUUCUUUUGCCUCCGCUAAUUUUAUCAAAUGUGUGAGAAAAUCCAAUGGUACCAUCAAAUGCGUUGCAUUUUCGGCAAGUACAAUAAAUUCCACUAAAUUUCGUUUCAUUGAGCUUAUCACAUCUGUCAAUCCGAUGAAUAACAUAUUUCUCUCCACAUAAUACAUUUGUCGAAUCAAUGUUAGUAAUUCGUUACAUAAUUUCUUUGUUACAGUGAGGUCAGCAAUACACUUACAUUCUUCAGACUAUGCAAAAAUGAAUAAGAAUUAGUGUAAACAUUUAAACUGAAAGCACAGAAGCGUUAUUUUUGCAUAACGCUGCAUAAGGUGUAAGAGAAUCAACUAAUCAAAAUUUUUCAUUUCAUAUUCUGCUUGGUUGAUUUUUUUAUGCCUUAUACAAGUCUUUGU